UUUACCAGAUUCCCUCAUCUUUGUGAAUAUAUACAUACAUGUAUAUCUGCUUUGUCUUAAUCCAACAACCCCACUUUUGUUACUCUCUUCUGCCAACAUCUCAGUUACUUCCUAGUAAUCUAAGCUUCUUUAUUGCCAACCUGCAAGUUCAUAAACACAAGUUUUGCUGCAACUCUUGUAGUAUAUACGCAACUACUUAAAUACACGCGAAAUUAAGGUGGUGCCUUCUAUCUACCUCUUCGUGUCAGGAUGUGUUUGGUGUUUGUAUGUGAUGAAGAUGAGAGGGUGUUACAAAGACAGGCAGCACCAGGGGCUUGUCCUUACUGUGGAGGGAUGAUUCAAGCCUUGGACGUGGAGAGUCAGUGGAGAUUCUGCUUUCUCCCUCUUUAUUUCAAGACUAAACGCAGAUAUUACUGUACCCUUUGCACCAGGCGUCUCAUCGUCCAAUAAUUUCCCCUACCGUAUGAUAUAGGAAGAGGCAGCCUUAUAGCCUUCUCUUUUUUUUUUUUUUUAAACCUUCAAGAUAACAAAGAUGUGUAUAAUCUUUUGGGUCGUAAUUACAGUAUAUGUUCGACUUAAUGAAAUGAUUAGCAAAAGUUUGUUCUGUUGCAACUGAGCAACUGUUCUUGUUAUCAAAGCUUCCUUCUUUUUUUA